CCCCACACACUCUUCCUCCCCUCCUCCCCUCCCCUACCAUCACCAUGGGCGUUGCCAACAACCUAACCGCAAUCCUAAACCUCUUGGCCCUCCUCUGCUCCAUCCCCAUCAUCACCUCUGGCUUAUGGCUGGCCUCCAAGCCCGACAACGAGUGCGUCCACCUUUUCCGCUGGCCCGUCGUCAUCAUUGGAUUCCUCAUCCUCUUCGUCUCCCUCGCUGGUUUCAUUGGCGCCUAUGCUUACAAGGAGACCCUCCUCGCUGUCUACCUCUGCUGUAUGGCCCUCCUUAUUGGCCUCCUCCUCUUCGUCCUAAUCUUCGCCUUCGUCGUCACCAGGCCCGACGGCAGCUACAACGUGCCAGGCAGGGGCUUCAAGGAGUACCGCCUUGAUGGGUACUCCAGCUGGCUCAUUGACCAUGUAGUCAAUUCCGACAAUUGGGAGAAGAUAAAGGCAUGCCUCGCCGAGACCAACGACUGCCCCAAGCUUAACCAGAACUAUAUAACCGCCGAUCAGUUCUUCGCCACUCACUUAUCUCCACUUCAGUCUGGAUGUUGCAAGCCACCAACAAUUUGCGGGUACAAUUACGUAAACCCGACCACAUGGGUCAACCCGGUGAACCAAGCCAGCGACCCGGACUGCUUCGCGUGGAGCAACGACCAGAGGCUGCUGUGCUACAACUGCAACUCUUGCAAGGCUGGACUGUUGGGGAGCCUUCGGAAAGAAUGGAGGAAGGCCAACGUGAUCAUGAUUGUAGCGGUUGUUCUGCUGAUUUGCGUCUAUCUCAUCGCCUGCACCGCCUUCCGGACUGCUCAAAGAGAGGGUCUCUUCCGCAGCCACAAAUAGAGUUGGCCUCAAAUUCUGUUUUCCAUUUUGUUUUUGGGGGACAGUCCCCACCUCUCCCUAGGUUAGUUUUCUUUCUUCUCUUUUCUUCGUCAUAGUGUUUCAAAGAAAAAAAAAAAAACAUGGUAGUCCUAAUGUUUUAACCACGGGUUAUCAGCACUUAAAUUUUGUAAUUUGAUGGUUAUAUAUCUCAUUAUAAAAUGCAUCCUUAAUU